GGUACACUGUCCCGAGAACAGCCUCACCGCGAGCUGAGAUGCCGCCGCUGCCGCCCGUGCUUCGCCGCGCCCUGCUGGUCCGCCCCUGGAGUGGGGCCAGGCUUCGGUGGAAACACGCCUCCUCCGUGAAGGUGGCCAAUGAGCCCGUCUUGGCGUUCACCAAAGGCAGCCCCGAGCGAGAUGCACUGCAGAAGGCCUUGAAGGACCUGAAGGGCCAGACCGAAGCCAUCCCGUGCGUGGUGGGGGAUGAGGAGGUGUGGACCUCAAACGUGCAGUACCAGGUGUCGCCCUUUAACCAUGGACACAAGGUGGCCAAGUUUUGCUAUGCAGACAAGGCCCUGCUCAACAAAGCCAUUGAGGCCGCCUUGGCCGCCAGGACGGAGUGGGACCUGAAGCCUGUCACAGUCCGGGCCCAGAUCUACCUGAAAGCAGCAGACAUGCUGAGCGGGCCGCGCAGGGCAGAGGUCCUUGCCAAGACCAUGGUGGGACAGGGUAAGACAGUGAUCCAAGCGGAGAUCGACGCGGCAGCCGAGCUGAUCGACUUCUUCCGAUUCAACGCCAAGUUUGCCGUGGAGCUGGAGGGGGAGCAGCCCCUCAGCGUGCCGCCCAGCACCAACAGCGUGGUGUACCGGGGGCUGGAGGGCUUUGUGGCGGCCAUCUCCCCUUUUAACUUCACUGCGAUUGGCGGCAACCUGGCGGGGGCGCCGGCCUUGAUGGGCAAUGUGGUCCUUUGGAAGCCCAGUGACACGGCCAUGCUGGCCAGCUACGCCGUCUACCGCAUCCUCCGCGAGGCUGGCCUGCCCCCCAACAUCAUCCAGUUUGUGCCAGCUGACGGGCCCACAUUUGGGGACACGAUUACCAGCUCAGAGCACCUGUGCGGCAUCAACUUCACAGGCAGCGUGCCCACCUUUAAAAACCUGUGGAAGCAGGUAGCCCAGAACCUGGAUCGCUAUCGCACCUUCCCACGCCUGGCCGGAGAGUGCGGUGGGAAGAACUUCCACUUUGUGCACCGCUCAGCGGACGUGGACAGCGUGGUGAGCGGGACCCUGCGCUCAGCCUUCGAGUACAGUGGCCAGAAGUGCGCGGCCUGCUCCCGCCUCUACGUGCCUCACUCGCUGUGGCCUCAGAUCAAAAAGCGGCUGCUGGAGGAGCACAGCAGGAUCAAAGUGGGCGACCCUGCAGAAGACUUCGGGACCUUUUUCUCUGCAGUGAUUGAUGCCAAGUCCUUUGGUCGCAUCAAGAAGUGGCUGGAUCACGCCCGCUCCUCACCCAGCCUCACUGUUCUGGCGGGCGGCAAGUGGGACAACUCUGUGGGCUACUUCGUGGAGCCCUGCAUUGUGGAGAGCAAGGACCCUCAGGAGCCCAUCAUGAAGGAGGAGAUCUUCGGGCCUGUGCUGACCGUGUACGUCUACCCAGACGACAAGUACAGGGAGACACUGCGGCUGGUGGACAGCACUACCAGCUACGGCCUCACGGGGGCAGUGUUCGCCCAGGAUAAGGACGUUGUCCGGGAGGCCACCGAGAUGCUGAGGAACGCUGCCGGCAACUUCUACAUAAACGACAAGUCCACUGGCUCGGUGGUGGGCCAGCAGCCCUUUGGGGGAGCCCGAGCCUCUGGAACCAAUGACAAGCCCGGGGGGCCCCACUACAUCCUGCGGUGGACGUCGCCCCAGGUCAUCAAGGAGACCCACAAACCUCUGGGGGACUGGCGCUACUCAUACAUGCAGUGAGCCCCUCGGCGCCUCCGCCGUCCACCUGUCUGUCCGUCCAGGAGCCAGUGGGUACCUGUGCCUGACCUUAAGCCUUAGAUGCCCAUGUGCCUUUCUCCAGGGCUCCUGCCUGCCCAUGUGAUUCCUGACCGUCUCCAUGUGGUGAGGCUGGGGGGCCGUUGGAGGCCACCUGCCAAGAUGUGGGACAUGCUGGUCCUUUGUGUUGGGGCUGGGAUUUUGGAAACUGUGGAUGGGCCCAGCCUCCAGGACGGCCGCCCUCAGCUGCAUUUGCCUGGUUUCCCUGUGGGAGCUCAGUUCCCACUGGCUGUGGUAGCACAGGCCCAGGUAGACGUUGCUCCCACUAUCCCAGCCCCUGAGACCUACCCUAGGUCCCCAUCCUGCCAGGACCUGGGAUUGCCUGUAGAAUCUUCUUCCUUUGCAUGCGAGUGGCUUUGCGUGGACUGGUGUUGGGGGGCCUGUUCUUUGUCUGAUGCAGCCAGUCGGUGGACUCUCUAGCCCAGUGGUCCGCAAACUGUGGCUCAUGAGCCACAUGCGACUCUUUGGCCCCUUGAGUGUGGCCACG